UGCGCGGCAGUGCUGGCUUAGCCCGGCAUGGGGGAUGGAGGCAGCAAAUUUCUGCUCUAGGCGGCUACAGCCGCGAGGCCGUGAGAGUUCCUCUGGAGUUGGCGCUGGAGAUACAGGAUGGAGCCCCGGGGAUUUCAGUUUUUCUGACUGUUAAGUGAGAGGAUGAUUGCUCACAAACAGAAAAAGGCAAAGAAAAAACGUGUUUGGGCAUCAGGCCAACUCUCUGCUGCCGUUACACCUUCUGAAAUGGGGCUCAAGUCCGUAAGUUCCAACUCCAUUUUUGAUCCGGAAUACAUCAAGGAGCUGGUGAAUGAUAUCAGGAAGUUCUCCCAUAUGUUACUAUAUUUGAAAGAAGCUAUUCUUUCAGACUGUUUUAAAGAAGUCAUUCAUAUACGUCUGGAUGAACUUCUCCGUGUUUUAAAAUCUAUAAUGAAUAAGCAUCAGAACCUCAAUUCUGUAGAUCUUCACAAUGCUGCAGAAAUGCUUACUUCAAAAGUAAAAGCUGUGAACUUUACAGAAGUUAAUGAAGAAAACAAAAACUAUCUAUUUCAAGAAGUGUUUUCCUCCAUUGAAACUUUGGCAUUUACUUUUGGAAAUAUCCUCACAAACUUCCUUAUGGGAGAUGUUGGCAAUGGUUCAGUACUGCGACUGCCUGUUUCUCGAGGAAGUAAGUCUUUUGAAAACAUUUCUGUGGACUCAGCGGACUUACCCAAUGAAAAAGGAAAUUUCUCCCCUAUAGAACUAGACAACUUGCUGUUAAAGAACACUGACUCUGUAGAAUUGGCUUUGUCCUAUGCUAAAACAUGGUCAAAAUAUACCAAGAACAUAGUGUCGUGGGUUGAAAAAAAGCUCAACUUGGAAUUGGAAUCCACUAGAAAUAUUGUAAAAUUGGCAGAGGCAACUAGAUCAAGCAUUGGAAUACAAGAGUUUAUGCCACUGCAGUCUCUGUUUACCAACGCUCUUCUUAAUGACAUACAUAGCAGCAACCUGUUGCAACAAACAAUUGCAGCCCUCCAAGCCAAUAAAUUUGUGCAGCCUCUACUUGGGAGGAAGAAUGAAAUGGAAAAGCAAAGGAAAGAAAUAAAAGAGCUUUGGAAACAGCAACAGAAUAAACUGCUUGAAACAGAGACAGCUCUUAAAAAGGCAAAAUUGCUAUGCAUGCAGCGUCAAGAUGAAUAUGAAAAAGCAAAGUCGUCCAUGUUUCGUGUGGAAGAGGAGCAGCUAAGCUCAAGUGCUGGAUUAGCAAAAAAUCUGAACAAACAGCUAGAAAAAAAGCGGAGGCUGGAAGAAGAGGCUCUUCAGAAGGUAGAAGAAGCAAAUGAGCACUAUAAAGUCUGUGUAACAAAUGUUGAAGAAAGACGGAAUGAUCUAGAAAAUACCAAGAGAGAAAUUUUAACACAACUUCGGACACUUGUUUUCCAGUGUGACCUUACACUUAAAGCUGUAACAGUUAACCUCUUCCAUAUGCAGCAGCUACAGGCUGCGUCCCUUGCCAGCAGCUUACAGUCUCUCUGUGACACUGCCAAACUCUAUGACCCGGGUCAGGAGUACAGUGAAUUCGUGAAAGCCACAAGCUCGAGUGAGCUAGAAGAAAAGGUUGAUGGGAAUGUAAAUAAAAAAAUAAGCAGUAGUCCCCAGACACCUGGAUACGGACCUGCUGGCUCUCUAGAGGAUGUGGCGCGCCUGCCUGACAGUUGCAGUAAGCUGGAAGAGGACAGGUGCUCCAGCAGUGCCGACAUGACAGGUCCUUCUUUCAUAAGAUCAUGGAAGUUCGGGAUGUUCAGUGACUCUGAGAGCACUGGAGGGAGCAGUGAAUCUAGAUCUCUGGAUUCAGAGUCUAUAAGUCCAGGAGACUUUCAUCGGAAACUUCCACGCACUCCGUCCAGUGGAACCAUGUCUUCUGCUGAUGAUCUAGAUGAACGAGAGCCACCAUCCCCUUCAGAAGCUGGACCCAAUUCCCUUGGAGCAUUUAAGAAAACAUUGAUGUCAAAGGCAGCUCUCACGCACAAGUUUCGCAAGUUGAGAUCCCCCACAAAAUGUCGGGAUUGUGAAGGCAUCGUAAUGUUCCCAGGUGUUGAAUGUGAAGAGUGUCUUCUUGUAUGUCACCGAAAGUGUUUGGAGAAUUUAGUCAUCAUUUGUGGUCAUCAAAAGCUUCAGGGGAAAAUGCACAUAUUUGGAGCAGAAUUUAUACAAGUUGCAAAAAAAGAACCAGAUGGCAUCCCUUUCGUACUAAAAAUAUGUGCCUCAGAAAUUGAAAAUAGAGCCUUGUGUCUCCAGGGAAUUUACCGUGUUUGUGGAAACAAAAUAAAAACUGAAAAACUGUGCCAAGCUUUGGAAAAUGGAAUGCACUUAGUAGACAUUUCAGAAUUCAGUUCACAUGACAUCUGUGAUGUCUUGAAAUUAUACCUACGACAGCUCCCAGAACCAUUUAUUUUAUUCAGAUUAUACAAAGAAUUUAUAGACCUUGCAAAAGAGAUACAACAUGUAAAUGAAGAACAAGAAGCAAAAAAGGAUAGCCCCGAAGACAGAAAACACCCACAUGUGUGUAUAGAAAUCAAUCGAAUUCUUCUGAGGAGCAAAGACCUACUGAGACAGUUGCCAGCAUCAAAUUUUAAUAGUCUUCAUUAUCUCAUAGUACAUCUUAAGCGGGUGGUAGAUCAUGCAGAAGAAAACAAGAUGAAUUCUAAGAACUUGGGGGUGAUAUUUGGACCAAGUCUCAUUAGGCCAAGGCCCACAACUGCUCCGGUCACCAUCUCUUCUCUUGCUGAGUACUCUAACCAGGCGCGGUUAGUAGAGUUCCUCAUUACUCACUCACAGAAGAUCUUCGAUGGGUCCCUCCAGCCUCAAGAUGUUGCUGUAUCAAAUACAGGAGCUAUUGCACCUCAUAUUGAUCAAGGGUAUCUUCCAAGACCUCUGUUGUCACCAGAUGACAGAGACUCAGAUCAUUCUAUGAAGCCACUAUUUUUUUCUUCAAAGGAACAGGAUUUUCAUACUGCAGACUGUGAGAACAAAACUUUUGAAUUAGCUCCAUCAUUUGAAGACUCAGAACGCAAGCAAAAUGCACUGGGAAAAUCUGAUGCUUUUCUUGUUGACAACAGAGUACAUUUGCCUUUUGACCGAGAGCUUGAGUCAGCAUCCCAAAAGAUGGAAGGUGUUUGUAAAAGCCCCAAGCUACUUCUUCUGAAAUCUGAUAAGGCAGCAAACAGUGUGCAGAGACACACUCCAAGGACCAAGAUGAGACCUGUAAGUUUGCCUGUAGAUCGGCUGCUGCUUCUUGCAAGUUCUCCUACUGAGAAGAGCAGCAGGAAUAUAGGAAAUGGCGAGUCAGACAGAUUUGGCAAGAAUCCUGCCUUUGAAGGACUUCAUAGAAAAGACAACUCAAACACUAGUAGCUCCAAAGUUAAUGGCUUUGACCAGCAAAGUGUACAGAAAUCCUGGGAUAAGCAAUAUGAACGGAACAGUUUUACUGCCAAGACUACGAUGAUUGUGCCCAGUACACACUCAGAGAAGGGGUUGGCAGCAAACGUUGGGAGUAGUGAGGACCGUUCCAGUAGUGCCGCGCAGGCCAGUAACCUGCAGGGAGAACCACCCAAGUCAGCACGGGACACAUCAGAGCGGAGGGCCUCGGACUCCUGCCCUGUCGCUGCUGUCAGAGCACCCAGAACGCUGCAGCCCCAGCACUGGACAACAUUUUACAAACCGCCUAAUCCCACCCUCAGUGUCAGGGGGACUGAGGAGAAAACAGCAGUGCCCUCGGCAGCUGUGCCUCCUGCCACCCUGCAUGUUCCCCAAAGUCCUGUGGUGAAGUCAGACCCAGACGCGAGGGUCCUGUCGACUUGCUCUGUGCAGCCAAGUGGUCAACCUAAAGAGAACUCUGAGGAGCCUGGGCUGUCUGAGGGGACUCCAACCUGCCAGAGACCACGGCUAAAACGAAUGCAGCAGUUUGAAGACCUUGAAGAUGAAAUUCCACAGUUUGUGUAGGGUUGUCAGAACUCAGAUACCCUGUUUUGUUUUGUUUGCAAGAGGAAUGUCUGGACAGGGCCCUUUGUAUAGGAUUGCCAGAGCUGUGUGUGAGUGGUUGUGUUGUUUGUCGGUCAUGUGGGACGGGAGAGCAACCUGACAAGACUGCAUUUAUGCCUCGCUUGAUGAUCUUUGAAGCUGUAAAGAAAAUGCGUGGAUUCGUGGUUUUUAGAGUUGAUUUUCCCCAUAAAAUGAUCCAUUUAAAUUCAUCCUUAAUAUAUGGUAGCUUUUAGCAGGGGUGCAGCUGGGGAAAAUGAGCUUUAUUGUGCAGAGUGAGGUCAAGUGCAUAUUUAUAAAGUCCUUCUGAAACUUGUUCCUGGAAGAUGUCAUGUGCUGUGAUUUCCCCACAGUUUCCUAGGACGUCUUUAACCAUUUGUGCUUCUGAGUUGUAUGUAAGCUUUUAUUUUUCAAUUGGAAAUUCACCUUUUAAUAUUUACAUAAUGGCCAAAGGAUUUGCCAAUCUGUAUUUAAUUAUAUUUUAAUUGCCAAUUUUUACAUGUGGUUUAACUGUACCCAAAAAAAUGCACUUAAACCUGAACUAUAUAGUUCCGUUACCUUUUAUUUGGCUUUAGAUGUUUUAAUACAUUUGGUAAGGGUUUGAGGGUUUUGUUUUAUCUUUUAGUUUUGUCUAUAUAAACUUUUGUUUUUUAACAGUUCUGAACUUUAAAUAUUUUGUAUAGUGGUCCAGAAAAGAUGCUAUUUUCAAAAGUUUUUAAAUUCAGUACAUUUCCUCUUUUUAUUGCCCAGGUUUUGUUUAAACUGUUCCUUUUAUAAGAAAUGUUUUGACUUAUGAAUCAUUUUGUAUACUUUUUCUACCUGACUUUCAACCAUUGAAAAUGUAUAGUUCAUUCAAGAGAGUGAAGAGUUAUUUAAGUUGAUCCCCAGAGUUUAGAAAUUUGAGAGAUGUAGAUGAUCAGAUCCGUGUCUUAAAAAAACAAAACCCUUGUUUUCCGAACCUGUACGUUACUGUUACCUUCUGUGUCGUCGUUUUGUCUAAAAUAGGAUGUAAAAGGGACAAACAAAUACAGUAGCCUUUUGUAUGUGUGACUUAUAUGCUUUUGUAUGACCUUGUUAUAUUUGAUAAAUAUAUGUACAUAUUCACUUGUUAAA